UCCUCAGAAAUCUCUCAACUUUUGAACGGCAUUUCCCAUAAUCUUUCUUUUGACUUCCAAACAGGAUUUCUGGGUUUUCUUCUCUCUCCAUACCUUUGCAAGCUCUCAAUCAGGUUUUCAUUGCGUGACCCGCGUUACAUGAAGCAUAGAAGACCAAAAUACUGUUUAGGCUAUUCAAAUAUAUGAUGGGGUGUUUUACAGUGUUGAGAAGUAGGAAGAAAAAGACAGAGCAUUCGGUUUUUCUAAAGCCCGUUGCUCACAGGGAGCAUACGCCUACUGCACUUCCCGAGCCCCGAGUUCAUACCCGUUCACUGCAGUUGGCACCCCUAGGAUUUAGAACCAGAGUAAAACCAUAUCAAGUUAAUAACGAGACAACCAGAGACAGGACACACACAUUAUAUGCUCCAUCAUGUUUUGAUGCUGCCAAGGAAGAAGGACUUGCAUCAGCUGAAUUUGAAGGACUGGAAGAGUUAAAGAGUCAUGUUGAAUUAGUGAAGGAACCGAGGUCACCAAGUCCCCAACCUCUUCCACUUCCUUCUCCCCCUCAUACCGGGCUCAAGAAAAUGGGAAACUUUAAAUCAGGAAUUGCUAGUGGCCCUCUGUUUGCUUCCGGACCAUUGCCCUUGCCUCCCUGUGAAUCACUACGUAACUUUUCUCACGAAGAAAUUGCUACAGCUUGCGAUCAUUUCUCUUCUGAUAGAUGCACAUCUGAGGGUCUUUCAUCUGUUCUGUAUAAGGCUUCCUUUGGAGAUGAUGCAUCGAGUUCCAAGAAGUUUGAAGCUACUGUUACUAACCUUCACCCUUCCUCUCAGGGUUUAAGGGAGUUUAUCCAUCAAGUGAACGCACUUGCAUCAUUGCAACAUAAAAACCUUUGUAAAUUGCUUGGAUACCAUGCGCGUGAUAAUUUGGAACAAAGAAUGUUGGUCUAUGAGAGGCUGUUUCAUGGAAGUCUAGACCAGCAUCUAUAUGGGAGGUCUGAUGGACCUCCAAUUGAUUGGAAUACCCGAAUGAAAAUUGCUUUAUGUUCUGCACAGGGUCUUACGUUCUUACACGAGGAAGGACCAUUUCAGGCAAUGUACAAUGAAUUUUCGACUGCCAACAUACAGAUUGACAAAGAUUUCAGUGCAAAGCUUUCAGGAUACGGAUGCGUUGGUCAUAUGCCUGAGACAGAGGAGAUCUCUGCUAACUCAGUUGCUGGGGCAAAUCUUUCAGUGGAGACUUUGGAGAGAGGAUGGCUAACUCCGAAGAGCAAUGUUUGGAGUUUCGGAAUUGUCCUACUUGAAUUGCUUACUGGCCGGAAAAAUCUUGACAAUCGUCAUCCCUGGGAAGAGAGGAACCUAGUGAAGUGGAGUCGACCAUACCUUGCUGACGAUUGUAGAUUGUCACUCAUCAUGGAUUCUAAUCUCAAAGGUCGAUUUCCCAUGAAAGGUGCCCGUUCUGUUGCGGACAUUGCGCAAAGAUGUCUCCAGAAGGAUCCAUCCGAAAGGCCGACCAUGAGAACCAUAGUGGAGAAUCUCAAAAUCAUCCAAGACAUGAAAUAUUCGUGCCUGUUUCCUCUGCAAGAGCCAUUGGCAAAUGCCGGGAAACAGAUAUCAGGAUCACCUAGUCUUAAUGGGAGCAUUACUCCGGCACCUGGAUCAAUUUUCUCACCAUCUCCGACGACACCACCUACUUCCUCAUUGACCCUUCCACCGAGAGCUUGCUCCUCUACCCUCUCGUUACAGGAACUUGAACUGCGAUAUGCUCGGAGAUCAUCAUCGGAAAGCCUUACAGGGACCAGUCUGGAAGGAUUUUGAUUGUUUAUAAAAAAAGAAGCAUACAUUUGUUCGUUUGUUUAUUCUUUGGAGGAGGGAGGGGGGUCUAUUUUGUUUCUAAAUUCAUUACCAACAUAUAAAAGAUGAACAUAGAGGAUGAUCUUUCUGUA